AUGACCGAAUUGGACAAUCAAGGAACUGCUUCGGCAAUUUCCGACUCUUAUAGCCGAGAUCAAACAGAACUAAAGCCGUUUCCUUCUGCAGGUAGUACUUCAUCGUCAAUUAAAACAACAGAACCUGUGACGGAUCAUAGAAGAAGACGUUCCUCCAGUAUAAUUUCACAUGUGGAACCAGAAACCUUUGAAGAUGAAAACGACCAGCAACUUCUACCAAAUAUGAAUGCUACAUGGGUAGACCAACGUGGUGCCUGGAUCAUUCAUGUGGUUAUUAUCACACUGUUGAAACUUUUUUACAAUUUGUUUCCUGGUGUUACCGCGGAAUGGUCAUGGACUUUGACUAACAUGACUUAUGUUAUUGGGUCCUACGUUAUGUUCCAUUUGAUUAAAGGUACCCCAUUUGAUUUCAACGGUGGCGCUUAUGACAAUUUGACAAUGUGGGAACAAAUUGAUGACGAAACCUUAUAUACCCCCACGAGAAAAUUUUUGAUCAUUGUACCAAUUGCCCUAUUUUUAGUCAGUACUCAUUAUGCUCAUUAUGAUUUGAAGCUAUUCUCAUGGAAUUGUUUUUUGACAACGUUUGGUGCCAUUGUUCCGAAAUUACCUAUUACUCAUAGAUUGAGAAUUUCCAUACCAGGUAUCACAGGUCGUGCUCAAAUUAGUUGA